AGUUACCCACAUCGAAGCACAAUCCCUUUCCCCCGAGUCCGAACUCAAAGGCCACCAUAGAAACGGAGAAGACGGAGAAGCGUCACCUCCCGUGCUCCUUCCAUGGCGGCAUCUCUUUUCCUCUCUCUCCUCCCCGCACACAAGCUCCCUUCUAAUUCUACCCCUGUCCUUACGAGGAGGACGGCAAACAAGAAGCAGAAGAGCAAUUGUAUCUGCCCAAUAUCCGCCUCCUCGUCCUCCUCCUUCCGCAACGGGAGCCCGUCAGAGACGGACUGUCCGGUGCCUCUGGAUCAGCAGCCGGUGAACGAGUACCAGUCCCUCUCAACCUCCCUCCCCUUCUCCUGGGCCACCGCCGACCUCCGCCUCUACUCCUCCCGCCUCGCCCUCACCGGCGCCUCCUUCGCCCUCAUCGUCGGCCUCCCCGUCUCCGCCUUCGGAACCGGCAGCCUCUCCGACCCCCGCUGCGCCCUCGGGGUCGUCUCCGCCGGUCUUCUCGCCGUCACGCUCGCCGUCCUCCGGAUGUACCUCGGAUGGGCUUACAUCGGCAACCGCUUGCUCAGCGCCACUGUCGAGUAUGAGGAGACGGGAUGGUAUGAUGGUCAGAUAUGGGUGAAGACCCCUGAAGUUUUAGCUCGCGAUCGUCUUCUAGGUUCAUUUUCUGUGAAACCCGUGUUAAGCAGAGUGAAGCUUACUUUAAUAGGUCUCGCGAUCUCCUUAGUCGCAUGUGCCUUCCUUUUCAUCAAUAUCGAAAACCCAAGGGAUACAUCAAAAGAUUCUGGGGAGCGAGCUGUAGCUGGGGCAUACAGUGAUGAAUCUGCAAGGUCAUUUGAGCCGGACUCAUUCUGCGGUGAGCCUGAUCUGUCAUAAACCUUUUGGAAGGCGUUGAAACGUGCAGUUUGUCCACUAGAAAUGCACAUACAAAUAAAGUCACACAUGCUGUCUCCAUAUACAAACUUAGAAGUGCAAUUGUGUUGUGUCUGGUAUCAUAUAUGUAAAAAAUUGUACAUACCUAAAGUAAAACUGAUAAUGUAAUUAGUUUAUCACCGAAUCAGGGUAAGAUGUGUUACUAUUC